AUGACCGCGCCAAUCGAGUUCAUCGCAGACGCCGGGGCGUGCUUGGCCUCGACCAACGUCGUCAGCGGCGCCGGUCGGGUCAAGUGGAUGGUUCGCGAAGUGUCUCAAGCUGCCGCGGACAAUGGCUGGCGCAUCUUCAGUGACAUUGACACGCAAGAGUACCUGGCCGACUCGGAGAAUAUGCAAAUCGUCGACUUUAAUCUGGUCUGCGAGCGCGAGCCGGCGCUGAUUGGCAUCUGGGACUUGCCAGUCGGCUCGGACUUGCAGAUCGUCGAUGAGGGUGAUGGUAUCAGCAUCGUGCACACCGACACUGGCAUCGCCAUACCGCGCGAGCAAAUGUUCGUGCCGGAGCAGUGGCGCAAGUGA